CGUAACUGAGCUGUCUACAAUGAGCAUCCUUUGGCAUAUCACUUGUCUGCUACUGCUGCGCUCCUGCACUCCAGGUUUCUCCAUGCAUGAUGGCAUUGUUGGUGGUAAAGUCUCCGUUCCCCACAGUCGACCCUACAUGGUCUACAUUUGUAAUAAGAUAUCAAAAGUAGCAUGUGGUGGUUUUUUGGUAAGAGAGGAUUAUGUGAUGACAGCUGCCCACUGUAAACAAAGUCAUCUUAUGGUCUAUUUGGGGGUCAAUGAUACCAACGUUUUACCUGACGGUAUAGAGGUAGAUCCCGUUCCACAUCCAAAAUUUAAUAUGAAGAGAACAGAUCAUGACAUCAUGCUUCUAAAGCUCAAAACCCCAGCAACUUUGAACAAAAUUGUGAGUACUAUCGCUUUUCCAAAACCUGAGAAUGAACAAAUCCAAAAGGACUGCAUGGUCAUGGGUUGGGGCUGGAAAAAAUACCAUGAUGAGUCUCCAUCAAAUGUGCUCAAAGAAGCAAACGUGACUCUGAUAGACUCUGAAAACUGUGGCACGGCUGACACUCUGUGCACUGAGGGAUCAGCUGAACCAGCACGGGGAGACUCUGGGGGUCCUCUUGUUUGUGGAGGUGUUGCAGAGGGAAUUGUGUCUUUUUCCGAAACCAAGAGCAAUGGAGACCACCUCUCAGCAUACACUCGAAUUUCCCACUAUUAUCCAUGGAUUCAGAGCAUCAUUAAUCCACCUACUCAGCAGCAACCUGAAACAUGGAAGGGCAAGCUGGAUUAA